CUAUCACUUGUGCUGUCGUUACGCGAUCUUUGGUCGACAACCGGACGAACUUUGGCUCAUUCGCCAACUUGCACGGUAGCUCUCGAUCGAAGUCUCGCUGGAGCAGCCGAGCCACAAAGCAUCGAGACAGGGGCCAUACACCACUAGCACGCUUGGCAACGGCAAGGCGGACGAAAUAGGCAACGAUGCAGCACUCGCAGAGCGACGUGGCGUUGGGUACCAACGGUAGCUGGGCCGACCUCAAGACCGCCGAGAGACUUAAGAAGCGUAGCAACACGGCUCAGAACCUCCAGUUCUAUGUCGAGGAGCAAAAGCGUUUGUACCAGGAGCUGCCCUUCUCGGUGCUGCCUGGAAUGCGCCGGCAGUCGUUCCAGCGUGAGCGCAGUUACUCCAAUCUCAAGUCGCGCAGCUCAUGGGGAUCGUUCACCAAUCUUGUGGCCAGAGGAGAAGAUCAGCCACUGCUUGGAGCUGAUGACGAGUUCCCUGAGCCUGGAUACACGUUCCCGUUAUUACUGAGCUGUGGUGUGGCGCUGAUGAGUGCUUUCCAGUUCGGCUACAAUACGGGUGUCACGGGCGGCAUCACCCCGGACAUCAUCUUCCCUGGUCACUCGGAUAUGGAGUGGGCCGUCUGCGUGUCCAUUUUCGCGGUGGGAGGUCCCAUUGGCUCGCUUACAGCGGGCCAUGUAAGCACAGCAUUGGGUCGUAAGAAGGCUCUGCUUGUGGACUCGUUCCUCUUCAUCAUUGCGGGAGCCAUCAUGGCACUGUCGGUCAACAUGUACGCACUCAUUUUGGGCCGUUUUCUGGUGGGCUUCGCCUCGGGAACUGUGAGUGUUGUGGUGCCUCUGUAUCUUGGUGAGCUUGCACCGCCCAAUCUGCGUGGUGCGUUGGGCACAGGCUACCAGUUGUUCAUGGUUAUGGGUAUCUUGGCCGCCGAUCUUCUCGCGUUCAAGUACUCUGGAGAAAGCCAAGGCAUCGCUCAGCCUGGUUGGCGCUUACUAUUCGGCUUUACGGCCGUGCCUGGAAUCCUACAACUGGCCCUUGCAUCGCUAUUGACAGAGAGUCCGCGUUGGCUCUUGACCAAGAACCGCCCCAAGGAGGCCGCUGACAUUCUGCGUCGGUUGCGUGGGUCCAAUGAUGUGUACGAGGAGAUCGACAGCAUUUGCUCGGCUAGUGACAAUGAAUCGGGUGCUAACACCGGUAUUUGGGACGUUCUCAAGGACCGAAGCAUCCGCUUCCCGCUCGUGGCCGCCGUUGUCCUACAGGUCGCUCAGCAGUUCAGUGGUAUCAAUGCUGUCAUGUUCUACGCGAGCUCUUUCUUCAAGAACGUUGGUCUGAAGGAUCCACUGGUGGGCGCUACGUUGGUGUACACGGUCAACGUCAUUUCAACGGGUGUUGCGCUGGUACUGAUGGAUACGGCUGGUCGUCGACCGCUACUGAUUUACUCUGCGAUCGGCAUGAUUUUCUCCAGUGUCGUGCUGACGCUGGGGUUGAUGAAUGCUUUGCCGUUUGCGAGCAUGGCUAGUGUGGGCGGCGUCAUGUGCUUCGUAUGGUUCUUCGAGAUUGGUUUAGGCCCCAUCCCGUGGUUGAUUGUAGCAGAGAUGUUCCCUGCCAAGCCGCGUCCGACUGCCAUGAGUAUUGCCACAAUGGUGAACUGGUCGUGCAGCUUUUUGGUCGGACUCACGUUCCCAACAAUGCAACGCGAGCUAGGCGAGUACACUUUUGUGCCGUUCUGUGCCGCGCUGUGCCUGGCACUCGCUUUCACGCUCAAGUACGUGCCUGAAACGAAGGGCAAGACCAUCCAGGAGAUCCAGGAUGAGCUUCGUUUGAAGAAGAAGCAGUCCAUGGAUGUGUAAGAGCGACGUGUCCAGCGCAGAUUUAGAAGAAAACCCGCGAACGUGGACCGUCGACAAAAGUAGUCACGACAUGCGAGGGAUUCUCCCGAGACAACAGCGUUUCAGUAAAAGUAAUAGCAAUGCUAGCUAGUGUUCUUUUGCAGAUCGUCCGGUAACGCAAAACUCUGUUGAUAUCGAGCA